GACUUUUUAAUGUCUCUCGUCUGAAGAUUAACGAUAUCAAGCAAAUAACUACAGCAGAAUUUUUCAUUGCGCUCAACGAGACUGAAAAGGACUUCCAGAUUGCUCUUCACCCCCAUCGUAUCGCAGGAAACCGAAGUCAUAUCAAUGAAGAUCUUUGCUGCUAAUUAAAUAUCCAAGUACGCAUUGUGAGACAUCGUGAAUAGAGGAAUAUCGAUAAGUCGUGGUAUGUUUUGUCCAUGCCAAAAUCUAUAAACGUUCCACAAGAGAAAAUUGCGACAAUGUUCAUGCAGGAGGUAUGAACGAGAAGCAGCGUGUGUACGGGUGCCGAAGCAUCCGCGAAGAAAUAUCGAGCGCGGUAACGUCUCGUUAUUGACGAGUACGAGAUUGGAAGUCGGGCUCUCGGCUUCACUCAGGCAUCCUCUCCGUCUCCGACGACUCCGAGGCUGCACGAGCGGCUGACAGAAGGGCAAGGUAGGACAGAAGCCCGAGAGCGAAGAGGCGAGAGGUCGCGAGAAUUGCCGUGUGCAUGGCUCACACACCGCGGAGGAGAGACAGCCGCUGAUCAUUGGUGGACAGCGAAGCCGGGUCGUCUAGGUGGUGGGGAAGCCACCAGGUCGACUCCGCAGGUGGGGAAGGCCAGGAGAAGGUGGAGGAGGAGGCGCCGUCGACGCCGCCGCGGCGGCGGUGGUAGUGUCGCGGACAGUGGUAGUGGUACCGGUAGCGACAUGAAGAGGAGGCAGAAGAGGGCGGAAGAGCAGGAGGUGUAACGACGGAGGUGGCGUAGGAGAGGAAAACGGGAGAACGACGGAGGGUGGCGAGAGAGAAAGAGAGAGAGAGAGAGAGAGAGCGAGAGGAAGUUGCACGGGGGAGGAGGACUCGCGGGGAGAGUCUGGUGCGCGGAGAGAGGGUCGCGAGGGUGGAGGACAAGGUGGUGGAGAAGGAGGAGACGCGAAGGACAGGAGAAGCCUCCUCCGCGCGCUGUCGGAGGACAGAUCCGACGUGCGUCAGGAUCCCAGCCGGACGAAUCGACCGGCUUCUCUCUUUUCUCUUACCGUGCCGUCGGAUAAGCGGGUGGGAGUGGAGGAGAGGAGAACGCGAGCAGUCGCGGUCCGUACCGGAAGUCGCUCGCGACACGGCCUAUUCUCCGACUACGUGUCCGGUUAGGAAUCCGCGAUUACCUCGCGACUCUACUUUCGCUGCGACCGAUCUCGGCGAGUGAAAACUGCCGUCGCGCGAAUCUCGCGACACUUUCGGUUGACAGGACAGCUCAGAGGGUGGGAAGGGUGGACAGUGAACCGAUCGACAGGAUAAUAAACUCGGUGCAUAAACUCGCAUGGCUCGGAGGACCGUCAGCGACGUUCUUACGGUUAGUGUUUUGUUUUCGACUUCGCCACCCGUCGUGCAGCGAUGAGAUCCAAGCCGGUGGCGAGAAGAUUGGCACAGGGAAGCAGCGACGAAGGCGAGUCGACAUCGGGCGCGACUACCGGCGGGGGUGGCGGCGGCGAGAACGCGGAAAUGGAGGAAAACGGAUCGACUCGCGCGAGCAGCAACAAUCCCGUCUACAGGGAUCUAAAGCCGCUCCAGGCUGGCGGCGCGCACGAGGUCCCGCAGGAUUACAACCCGCAGUCGAGGUCCGCCUAUCAUCACCAGCGCGGCUACUCGCCGGGGAUGGACCGACAGCGGAAUUAUGAAAAGGAACAUCAGCCGUCGCCGUCUAGCCGAGAGGAGGAGAGAAAAUCGGCCUGGGAUUACAGCGAGAAAAGCGCGCGGAAGGAUUACUCGAGAUCGCGGGAUUACGGCAAUGAAUACCAGGACGCGAUAAAGCAGGAGUCCAAGGAUCAGACGAGUCGCGAAUGGGUGUCACCGGUGCCUGAGGUCGAGGUCGGCGGCUCGGCGCCCGGAGGCCCGCACGUACGUGCACGCAAAGACAUCCCUCGUGGCGCGAGAUUCGGCCCGUUCCUCGGCAAAUGGGCGAGCGAGCCUUUUAACCCCCGUUACGCGUGGGAGGUCCGCAUAUCGGGCAGCGGAGUAAGAGGCUGGCUGGACGCGUCGCACGAGACGAACAAUUGGCUCAAGUACAUCCGCAGCACCGCCAGCCCGCACGCGGUGAACAUGCGGCACGUACUCAUCGGCGGCCAGAUGGUGUACGAAGCCGUUCGCGACAUCACAACCGGCGAAGAGCUACUUUUGGGUCUUCGUGAGCCGCUUCAGCUGCAGGACAUGCUGGGCGAAAAUACAACCGAGGACAGGAGCGAUCGCGAGACCGCCUCGCAGCACAGCGGAACCGUCGACGAGGACAAGGAGGACGAAGAGGAGGGUGAGACGAGGUGCACCGUCUGCGACAAGCCGUUUCAAGAUAUCGAAUUAUUGGACAGCCACCUGGUGACCUGUCACAGAUACCCAGCGGAGCAACACCGCUGCGACAGCUGUCCCCGUGCCUACGCCUGGCGGCCGCUUCUGGUACGGCACCGUGCCAUCGUGCACGGCGACCUGCGCAAUUAUCCCUGCGAGAAUUGCCCGAAGUCGAACAUCCGGCAGGUCUUCACGGACCCGUCGAACCUUCAGCGUCACAUCAGAACUCAUCACGUGGGUGCAAGGAGUCACGCGUGCACCGAGUGCGGCAAGACCUUCGCGACUAGUUCCGGCCUGAAGCAGCACACCCACAUCCACAGCAGCGUGAAGCCGUUUCAGUGCGAGGUCUGCUUCAAAGCGUACACCCAGUUCUCCAAUCUGUGCCGGCACAAGCGCAUGCACGCCGACUGCCGCAUGCAAAUCAAGUGCGUCAAGUGCGGCCAAUCGUUCAGCACGGUGACAUCGUUGUCGAAGCACAAGCGAUUUUGCGACUCCACCACACCGACCGUUCCGCCCGGCAGCAUGCCGCAGCUACCGACGCCAGCGACAAGUCCGUUUCUCGUGUACCAACGACCCCCCGUGAGCCUAUCGGGCGGCUUGCCCUUCUACGCGCCUAGCCUGAUGACCCCAUACCCGGGAAUCUUUCCUAACGCUCCGAAUUUUUUGAAUACGCCUCUGAUCUUCCCGCCGAAGAUCGAGGAAGUCGAGAAAAGGAGCGACAGUCCCAAGAAAGAACGCUUCACACCUCCCAGAGUGUUGCCGCAACACAGCAAGGUGUCUCCUUCCACGGCGGAGGAGGCCACGUCUACCUUCAGGCCGUCUCCGGCUAGACCUCCGGUUCAACCGACCCCGGAGAGCGACGAUGACCCUACGAAGAGGAGGGAAGCGACCCGCGGCAACGAACGAAAGGUGGAAAACGAGAACACCGUGAAUGCCCCGAAAGAGGAAACGACUGAUCAGCCGUUGGACUUAAGGGUGCAGACUAAGAAGCAAGACGUCGUCGCGAAAAUCGCCAAUAGGAAGAGCCGCACUCCCUCGCCAGCACCGGUGCCGAUAGAGGAGGCUCCACCCGAUCCACCGAAGUUGGAAGAGAGUACCGUUCAAUCUAUGGAACUCGAACCCAAAGAAAUUCCCAACAGCCCGCAAUUGAGGACCAGCCUGCCGACGGAACAGCCGGCCGCCAACACACCGCCGCACAUGGCGUACCCGAGACCGAUUCAUCCGAUGUUUCUCGAGACGAUGUACCGCGGCCCAACGGGGACCGGCUUCCCAGGGUUCCCCGGCGCGCCGCCACCCCCAAGCGGGGCCACUCCAGAGUCCAGACUGAUACCUCCGCUACCGCCAUUCGGCCCGCCGCGCACGCUUCCUUUUUUAGGUUCGCUUAUGAACGGGCUCAGCGGCGCUAGGCCAGGAGGAGGAUUCGAUCUGCUUGCCCGGCCGCCGUUGAGUGCGUUCCCCGGCGUGAAGCCGUUCCAGGAGGCGGUGAUGUCGCCGCACCAUCAUCACCACCAUCAUCAUCAUCACCAUGUCCACGGCAAAAUGAAGGAUCGAUAUUCUUGUAAGUUCUGCGGCAAAGUGUUCCCCCGCUCGGCCAAUCUGACGAGGCACCUGCGGACGCACACCGGCGAGCAACCGUACAAGUGUAAGUACUGCGAGAGAUCCUUCAGCAUAUCGAGCAACCUGCAAAGACACGUGAGGAACAUCCACGACAAGCAACGGCCGUUCAAGUGUCCGCUUUGCGAAAGAUGCUUCGGCCAGCAGACCAACUUGGACCGGCAUCUGAAGAAGCACGAGGCCGACGACGGCAGCGGAGUGGUCUCGGUCGCCGACUCGCCCGGCAGCAGUAACGAGAACGAGCGAGAGGACACUUACUUCGACGAGAUCAGAUCGUUCAUGGGCAAGGUCACCUACGGCGGCGAGAGCGGCUACGGCCUGCCGCAUCACCCGACCUACAUUCCCAGUCGGCUGCAUGAGAUCGGUAACGAGUCCAAGAUGGAGGUCGAGUACGACGAGGACGAGGACAGCGAGGAGGGUGUGUCUCCAUUGGAGGAAACGGACGGACUGUCGCCGAUCGAGGCCAAAGAAUCGCCCUCGCCGUCGCAGUACGAUCUGAAGCUGAGAGAGAAGCAGGAGCUGCUCAAUAAUAACACCGCAGAGCCGGUGAUCGAGAUCUCGACAUAGCCCAGAGGUGGGUCCUGCUGAUAAGCGCGCGAUCGCUCCGAAGGACGAGCGAAGCGAAACUCGUUCUCAUUGAUGUACAGAAUUCUUACGAGCACGUUCGUCUCGGGACUGUCGGUCUACACGACGUCCACACACCACGGCGAUAACGCCGACGCGGAAUGACUCGUGGGCUUAGGACGGUCCGCGUGCCUCGAUUUCGCAGAACAUCGACCUUGCGUUUCGACACGGAGUGAAUAAUUGCUCGAGUAUAAUCGGGUUGUUCUACGUGUUCACACGGCGAUAAAAAUCCGCGAGAGAUAGUCCACGGUAAUAAUUAUAACUACACACAUCGAUGUAUUAAUCCUGAAGUUUUCCAACAAAAAAUGUAAUUUGAAAAUCCAGUAAACCCCGUUAUACUUGUAAAAUAGAUGCUCUGUAAAGAAAGAAAAAAAAAGGAGAAGAGAGAAAAGCACGCAAGGAGCUCGGCGAGCACAACCAAGUCCUCGAAGACCGCAGACUCUCGUUAUGCAAUCCCUCUUUUUUAUACUCCACAUUUGUUUGCACCGCGGAAGCAUCCUUGCUUUCGAAAAACGAAAAAUGGACCAGCUAAACUCCCUUCUCGCGCACGCAUAAUCGGAGGCUCUUCUAAUAGUCCGGUAACCAUAGACUCGUUAUUAAUGUGUCUACGCGCACAGAAUUCCCGCCUCCAGCAUCGAUCGAAAAGGCGCGUCUUCCCGUGAAAUUAUUUAUCGCCAUUAUCAGCAGGGUUGCUUUAUAUCGUCGUCGCUGCAUCGUCGUUCAGUGAGAGGAGAUCGGGCAGCAUCCUCGGAUGAACUUGGCGGGUGGAAUAUGAGCCGCGGUGCAUUCAUCCUGAUCCGACUGGGUUGUAGAUCUCUAAGUGUAACGUGCGCGUUAUUCCCGAAUUGAUUUCGGAAAACGGCGUUUCAUUCGCGGCGUUAACAGCGUAACAAGUGCGAACAACCACCCAUCGUCCGUAGUCGGAAGUUAGAUCGUUGUAAAAAUCCUAUCGUAAGAUGACUGUAACCCCCGCUUCGGAACGGAUAUCUCGGUUGCCGAGGUCGUUGGAUAUUUUCGUUUAGAACAUAACCGAAUGCUAAUUGUACUACGCGCGCAGUAUAGCGGGUGCGGCGAGACAGCGCGAGCGAGGGAAAGGAUACGAUGUCCAUCCCGCUGGACGCAGGCUCCAGCUACGCGACUUAGGAACUUUUGCGAAACACACACACACACACAGCAGGUAGACGCGCUUUCGCGCCGUGC